CGCGCUGUAAUGCGACCUGCUGCCUGGCCGCUCCACAUUCCAGGCGUUCCUCACAGACGUGCCCUGACAUCAUUUACUACAUUAACAAAUCAGUGUUCAGUAAAUAUCCGCGCGGCUCCUACACACUUCCCCUGGAAACAUCUCGCUCCUGGUGUUUUUAUGUCGCUUCGUUGUCCUUUAUUCCGCAGAUAACGUUUACAGUAGACCGGAGGCAGCGUGCUGGUGUGUGUUUUUCAGUGAAAGUCUGCAUGUUUGCUGGCGGAGCUCCGCUAGUCUGCUGCUAGCGCUCCUGCUGCUGCUCCUGCUCCUGCUGCUGCUGCUAUCCGUCUGGAAACCGAGCUCUGGCGCCAGCUCCAGCCCGAGCCCGCUUUCCCACACCGGCCACACGGCUCCUGGCUUUAAACGCAGUAUUCCAGCUGUCUUCUCCUGACUUGGCAGCCCUGGUGAGCUGUGCUAUGGCCGCUUGUGUGCCUCUUCUGUGAGAACAAGUGUCCAUGUCAGCAAGGUUUCUAGGGCACAUAUGAAAUCAAGGCAACGUUAUUAGGACACAACCCGAGGCCUGAUGUUUCUCUGACAUCUGACAAAAAUGAUGCCUAUGAUUCUGACUGUGUAUUUGAGUGAUGGCGAGCAGGCUCUGACGGAGGUGCCCAUCACUCCAGAGACAACGUGUCGUGAUGUGGUUGAGUUCUGUAAGGAGCCGGGCGAAAGCGGCUGCCAUCUGGCUGAAGUGUGGCGUGGCAACGAGCGAGCAAUUCCCUUUGACCACAUGAUGUAUGAACACCUGCAGAAAUGGGGCCCCAGGAAACAGGAAGUGAAGUUUUUCUUGCGCCAUGAGGACUCGCCCACAGAGAGCAGUGAACCAGGGAGUCAGCAGUCUCAGGAGCAGGCUAACCGAAGGACUGGAAGUAGCUCUGAUAAGCACAAUGAAAAUGGGGUGGCAAACCCUCGCGUGGAGCUCACUCUCUCUGAGUUGCAGGAGAUGGCCACGCGGCAGCAGCAGCAGAUCGAGGCCCAACAGCAGAUCCUCGUCGCUAAGGAGCAGCGCUUGCGGUAUCUGAAGCAGCAGGAGCGGAGGCAGCAGCAAGCCGUGUCUGAAACAGAGAAGCUGCAGAGACUGAAAGAAAGAGUGGAAAGCCAAGAAGCCAAACUCAAAAAGAUUCGUGCCAUGAGGGGCCAAGUUGACUACAGCAAGGUCAUCAAUGGCAACCUGUCUGCAGAGAUUGAGCACAUCAGCGGACUGUUCCAGGAGAAGCAGGCAGAGCUUCAAGCAGCCGUGCUCAGAGUAGACCAGCUGAGUCAGCAGCUGGAGGAGUUGCGCAGAGGCAGACUCAACGGCCUGCAGGGCCUCGGGGGUCAUGUCACCGGCACUGCUGCACUGGAGCUCCGCAAGCUGUACCAAGAGCUCCAGAUCCGUAACAAGCUGAACCAAGAGCAGAACAGUAAGCUACAGCAACAGAAGGAGCUGCUGAACAAGCGCAACAUGGAGGUGACGCUGAUGGACAAGCGCAUCAGCGAGCUCCGCGAACGCCUCUAUAAGAAAAAAGCUGAGGCACGUCAAAAAGAGAACUUGCCUCUGAACCAUGCAAAUGGACCUCCUUCACCCCAGCCAACUGCAGGCAAUACAGGUCGUGUGGCUGCAGUAGGGCCAUAUAUCCAGGUCCCGGUGCCAUCACGCCCAGAGAACAACUACAUGGUUCCACCAGAUCCUCUUAAACCUCAGACACUGGGCAUGAACACUCCAGCCACCCAUGCUCGAUCUAAAUCAGAUGGCGUGAGAAAGCCACCUGGCCCGUGGAAGGUCUCUGAUUUAGACAUCAUAGUGGACCCAUUCCCACCGUCUCCUCCGGAGUCUGGCCCGGGCCCCGGGGUCUCCGGCACCUCCUGCUCCACAGAGGGGUCAGACGGAGUGUCUUCUAAUGAUGCAGGGUGGCCCACCCUCAGCAAGGGCAACACAUCUCUGAAGCCUCCAGACUGGAAAGAAUCAGUAGGAGACAUUCCCAGCAAAACAGCGUCUCCUGCUGGCACCCCAUCAGAUAAGGUUCAGGACAUGAGUAAACUGGGCCCAGCUCCACCUCCUCCCUGUAAGCCCCAGCCUCCUCCAUACGGCACCCACACCAGAGCCCAUCCACUUUCGUCCAUCAAUUCUGGCUCCACUGGCUCCCUGGACCGGCGUAAAGAUGUGCCACUGUGUCCUGUCCCAACCCACCCAAGCAACCCCCCUAAUCCCAAUGCUCCACCUCCACCUGCCUGGCCACGUGGUGGCUCGUCCACUGGCUCCUCUUCCCAGCAGAUCCAGCAGCGCAUCUCAGUCCCUCCCAGUCCCACCUUCCAGCCCAGCUCUCCUCUUUUUCCCCCAGGAGAGAGGUCUGACCCCCCUCUGGCUGUGGCAGUGCGCCCUUUUAUCCCAGACAGGGGUUCCAGGCCACAGUCACCUAGAAAAGGCCCAGCCACUAUGAACUCAAGCUCCAUUUAUCACAUGUACUUACAGCAAGGUGUGCCCAAGAAUUACCCUCUUGGCAAGUCUGCCGUCAAAGCAGUGUAUGGAAAGCCGGUCCUGCCCUCAAGCUCUACUCCCACCUCUCCCCUGCCCUUCCCGGGCUCUGGAUCUUACCCUGUGCUACCAGGCACUGUAGGCGAUGUGGUAGAUGGUGAUCUGGAGAGUGAAGGUCAGACACCUGGUUUCCCAGAAUCCCCUGCACCCAGCGUGGACCACAUUCCUCGGCCCCUCAGUCCCACCAAGCUUACACCCAUGGUUCACUCACCCAUGCGUUUUCAGAGUGAUGCUGAACUCGAGGCCCUGCGCAGGAAGCUGGCCAAUGCGCCACGGCCACUCAAGAAGCGCAGCUCCAUCACAGAGCCUGAGGGACCCAGUGGGCCGAACAUCCAGAAGCUCCUCUACCAGCGCUUUAACACUCUAGCUGGUGGAAUCGAAGGAGGCAUUGGCGGAGUGGGAGGAGGCAGUGGAGUCACUCCCUUCUACCAGCCAACAGGAACAACAGUGGGAGAGGCACUGGCCGAUGCAGACAAUGGGAACGCGUCUUCUGAAACACCAGCUUUGACUCUCGUUGGCACAGAGGAAGUGCCCUCGCAAGACUUACCCCAGGGUGAUGCCAAUGAUAACCAGCCAGUGCAGCCAGCCAGCGAAACAGCAGUACCAACAGCACUGGAGCCGUCAGAAGACAACAACAAUAACAUCCCAGCAGGACCCGUGACCACUCUACCUAGCCCUGUGCCUGAAGCCAGCUCACCGCAGGAGGCAGGAAGCUCUCCGUCCGCUCAAGCUACGGAGAAGCGCACUAACCUAAAGAAACCUGACUCAGAGAGGACAGGCCAUGGCUUCAGGGUGAAGUUCAAUCCACUGGCCCUGCUGCUGGACGCCUCACUUGAGGGCGAGUUUGACCUGGUGCAGCGGAUCAUCUAUGAGGUGGAGAACCCCAGCACCCCAAACGAUGAGGGCAUCACACCCUUACACAACGCAGUGUGUGCCGGACACCAUCACAUUGUCAAGUUCCUGCUUGACUUUGGAGUCAAUGUCAAUGCAGCAGAUAGUGAUGGCUGGACGCCCCUGCACUGUGCCGCCUCCUGCAACAGCGUUCACCUCUGCAAGCUGCUGGUGGAGUCCGGUGCCGCCAUCUUUGCCACCACCAUCAGUGAUGUGGAAACAGCAGCAGACAAGUGUGAGGAGAUGGAGGAGGGGUAUAUUCAGUGCUCGCAGUUCCUCUAUGGUGUGCAAGAGAAGCUGGGAGUGAUGAAUAAAGGAAUUGUGUACACUUUGUGGGACUAUGAGGCUCAAAGUGCAGACGAGCUGUCGUUCCAGGAGGGAGAUGCCAUCACUAUUCUGCGCAGGAAAGAUGAUACUGAGACAGAGUGGUGGUGGGCCAAACUUAAUGACAAGGAGGGCUAUGUACCUCGCAACCUGCUUGGGUUGUACCCCAGAAUAAAACCACGUCAGAGAUCCCUGGCAUAGCUGACUGCCCCUUUCCCAUCUGACUGAUUGGACUGAUGUCUGGGGGUGUAGGACCUCCAUUAUUCACCCCCAAUCUUUGCUGAUCCAGUUCCUGCAGGGCUAAAGCUGCUAAACCAUGCCUUCUCAUUUGGGGGCACAAUAGACAAACACAUACAAACACACACACAAAUACAAGUUAAACAAGAAGCCUCAGGUCCUAAGGUCUGCCCCAUUACUCCAAUAUCUAGCAUUUCUUCCUCACAUUCCUCUACCCUUCAAGACUUGGUUUCUACCUUAUGACAUGUAUCAUAGUCGCUACACAUUUCUCCACCUCUAUCAAGGCACUACUUACUAGGGUUUAUAGCUUUUGUUUUAUAUCAUUGUAUAGCUUGUGUUUCUAUCUGAAGCUUUCGAAUGCUAUUAUUUUAUUGACAGUAUGCUGGCACAGGGCUCAGUCAGAGCAUGGCUGCUUUUGCUUCCUACCAAGCUUUCAUUCAACAAGGAAAUCUUUACACUGAAGAUAGCAUCCUUUAGGGUUGUGGGUUAUGUGUGUAUUUACACUACAUUCAUAUGAGUUAAGAACAAAAGAAUGCUCUCUGAGUGAAUGAAAUUUCAUAGUGUAUAAAAAUGAGCAGUGAAAGUGAAAUGUAUGUUGAGGUGUGUGAGAACAGAAAUGGUUACAUGGGUUAUAUGAGAAGAGAACAAAUGCUUUACAAAUUAUGUGUAAUGUAUAGUAACUGGGCCAACAUAUUGCAAAGUAUCUGGUUCAUAUAAUAUGUACAUUUAAGCAAGGGUAUUUGUACGUGUCAGAUACAGUGUUAUCUGUAUGAGUGGUUGGUUGCCUCUCUACUAUGAGUGAUGAGUGUGUGAAAUAAGUGUGCAUGGUUGGGUUGUUGAGAGAUUUUCACGAUGGACAGCACAUGAGAAUUAUUUUAAAGAUGACAUAUGGAGAUAGCAUAGCAUAUGAAUGUGUGAAUGAGAGUGUGUGAUUGCAAGAAACUGAACUGGUUUUGCAGUACAAUGAACAGUAACUAAACUGGCAGUACAAAAUGAACAAUACACUUUUCUAUGAUUUUAGUAGAAUACAGUUUUGCCCAAAGACACUAAAAUGGUUUGAAGCCUUUGAAACAUUUCUUAGUUUUUCCUCCACUAGCUAAGAUAUGGACUGAAUGCAUAUUUACAUUGUUUUACACUGUAUUGUUGUUUUGUUUUGUUUUUUUAACAUUGAAUUACAUUGUGCCACUCCAUUUCCAUCCCACUCCUCUUGAAAGUAUUGUGAGUUGAUCUUUUACGCCCUGCCUCUGAGGCAGUAAUGAGCUUUACCAUAGAGUUCACCUGUAAAUACUGUGAUGAAGCUCUAAAAUGAUUUGUGCUAUGUUCAGUACUUGCCUGUGCAGACCUCUGUGUGACAUACAGAUACAAACACUCGGACCAUCUGUUCUCUACAUGUGCACAAAUAAACAUUAAACAAAUCCCAGUAAGACAUG